UGAGAUCAAUGAAGUGUAUACUGUAUGCUCUUUUUGUAUUGAUGAUCCCAUUGGAGAAUGUACUUUUGCUAAUCCUAAUUCAGUUUCAGUGCUCUGCAUCAAAUGUGGUAAGAGAGAUGAUAAUAAUUGUUGUGAUUUUUGUUUAGAGAAUAGGUCUGAUCGAACAAACAGGGAUGGUUCAAAAAAGGAGAAAUAUCCAGCUAAGAGGUCUCCUUAUUUUAAAGAGAAAAGGGCAGAAAAGAGUCCUUACACACUGGAUCAGUUGGAGAAAAUAAAGAAAAUGACACCAGCUGAAAAGCGUGAUGCAAGUUGCAAAAAAUGUGGUUUGAUGUUCCACAAGUCAAACACAUGUGUGAACACAGAGAGAUUCUGCUUUUACUGCCAUAAGAAGGGACGCGAAAAGAAGGACUGUAGGAAACUGAAAGAUCAAAAAUCUAUUAAUGCCACAAUUUUGAAUCCAUUCGGUUUUGUAUAUGAUACAAAAAUCUAUCAGACCAGUAAAACACCUCAAACAUAUCUGGAAGCAAUGACAUGUUCAGAAAGUAGUAAAUGGAUUACUGCCAUUCAGUCCGAACUUGAAGCUAUAAACCAACAUGAAGUUUGGAAAAUUGUGGAAAGAAAACAAGGUAUGAAAAGUAUUCCGUUGAAAUGGGUAUUUACAGUUAAGGACAAUGGUGUGUGUAAGACUCGUUUAGUUGUUGUAGGAUGCAAAGAUACUGAAAAGUAUACUCCUGAGGAAACUGCAUCUCCUACACCAGCACUAUCAGUUGUUAAAUUAUUAUUUGCAUUGUCAGUUUCUAGGAAUUGGCAUGUUGAAUAGUUGGGUGUCAAAACAGCAUUUCUUCAUGGUGAAAUUGAUCGACCAAAAUAUGUUAUUUGGCUAGAUUCCAAGCUAAUCCACAGCAGUAUCAUUGGACAUUAGUCAAAAGAGUUUUCAGGUAUUUGAAAGGUACAAGUCAGUUAGGUCUAAAAUUCACAGUAGGAUCUCCAAUUUUGUCAUGUUAUUGUGAUGCAGAUUCUUCAGGUGAUAA